GCCCCCUCGCUGUGACUCGUGCUGUGGUGUUUUGACUGCAGCACGUGAGCCCCAUCCGCGGUACAUGGAGUUCCAGCACGAGCAGCAGAGGGGAGAUGUCCAGGAAAAGAGCCGCAGAGUCGGUGUCGGUGCCCUGCAGCACCCCGGAGAGGAAGCGGGCCUGCUGGGGCGUUCUGAUCAGCCAAGGGUCGUGGGCAGAUCGCUCUCCGCUCCAUGACGCAGCGUCUCAGGGUCGCCUGCUGAUCCUGCGCAGGCUGCUGGCUGAGGGAAAUCAAGUAAACAUCAAGACCAUUGACCAAGUGACGCCCCUCCAUGAAGCCUGUCUGUCUGGACACGUGGCAUGUGUCAGGGCGUUGCUAAGUGCUGGAGCUAAUGUGAAUGCUGCCACCAUCGACGGCGUCACUCCCCUGUAUAACUGCUGUGCAUCAGGGAGCGUCGGGUGUAUGGAGCUGCUGCUGCAGAAUGGAGCGCACAUGCACACACUUCACACACACUUCCCUUCGUGUAUGCAUGAAGCCUGCAGGAGAGGGAACAGCCAGUGUGUGGAGACCCUGGUUUCUCAUGGAGCAGAUCCAGACGGUCAGGUCCCUCACCUGGGCUCCCCUCUCUACGUGAGCUGCCUGCACCGACACACAGCCUGCUCAAAGGUUUUGUUGAACAAAGGAGCCAGUGUUAAUGCAGGGAAAGGCGGUGAAAGCCCUCUGCAUGUAGCUGCCAGACAGGACAGCACAGAUCUGGUGUCGGUUUUACUUGACCAUGGCGCUGAAACCAAGCUCAGAGACGGAAACGGCCAGCGGCCUUUAGACCUCGCUCCGCCUGGUGGAGAAACACACCAGCUGCUGGUGGCAUUCGAAGCGUCCCCCAGGAGUCUCUGCCAGCUGUGCCGUCUCCGGAUCAGGACCGUGAUUGGGCGAGCCAGACUCAAGCAGCUUCCUCUCCUCCCUCUUCCUUCACUUCUCACUCAAUAUUUGGAGCACACAUAGAGCCAUAGGCUGCAUGCUCUCUUUUAGUUUUCUGUCUCCAAUGCAAAAACAGAAAAUAUUACCAAGUAUUUUUGGUCUAGUUUCUAGUGCAAAUAUCUCAGUGCACCUGAAAUAAGAUAAAACUGACUUAGAAGUAACUUCUAAGUCAGUAAAUAAGUCCUUAAUAUUAAUGAAAAAGUACUAGUGAUAAGUACUUCAAUAGAUUUUUCCGUUUUAUUUCACUUAUAACUAGUACUUUUUCAUCAAGAUUUGGGAAUUGUUGACUUAAAAGGGCAAUAUUAUGUAUUUUCCAGGCAAAUAGUGCCAUUUUAUAGCACCAUCAACUAACUAUGUUAAGUUUAGUUGUUAUAAAAAUUAUAUAUAAGUCAAAUAUGACUCAAAAGAAAUUUUACGUCCUAAUUUAACACCUUGAAAUUGGGCCUCUGUCUCUUUAAAAAGUCCUGCUUUUUCUGAAACUCCAGCUACAGUGGAUCAUCACAACAUGGCUUCUCUAUUAACCCUUUAACAAUGUUUUUACCAGCGCUGCACUGGGAAGUAGCUCUUAUAAUGAGCUCAGCAGAGUUCCACCAGCUGUUUGCUAAUUACUGCUGGCUAGUCUGAAGGAUCUGAGUGGGGCAGUUGUACGGGAGGCCAGCUCUAUGAGGCAGAAGCUUGUAAACUGCAGCUCAGAGGAGGAGCUGCAUCCCAAACAGUGACAUCGGACCACUUUUUUUCAGUAACGAGUAAUCUAACGCAUUGCUGUUUCAAAUCCAGUAAUCAGACUACAGUUACUUAUCAAAAUCAUUUUGCGUUGCUGUGCGUUACAGCAACAAAAAUGUAAACAAUGAAGGGAGGUGCGCAUUUUGUUGGUAGAAAAACAGAAAGUGCUUUGAGUUUUUGUCACCAAAUCCGAUUAUUAUAAGCGGCUGUGGGCUUUUUUUUUUUUUCUUUCUUUAAGUCGCAGGUUAAAUUUUCGAUUAGCCACUUGAAUUUUAGCAUGACUGCCAUUUUUCAGAAUAAUUUUUUUUCAAGUGUUUAGUGCUUUGGAAAAUCUGUUCCCCUCCUGGCCUUUGGGGGCGCUGCAUCAAGAACUACUGAAGGAAACAACAUGAAAACCUCUGAAGAAGAAAAUGAGCACGACUUCCUUCUUCACUAAAUGUAAACAAAAUUGGAGGCCUCAGAUUUUAGCGGUUGUAAAUUUUCUUUUUGGCUUUGGCUAAAAGCUAUAAUGAAAACGAAGUUAUUAUUUUUGGACCUAAAGAGGAACGAUCUAGAGUCAGUGCACAGCUUCAGUUAUUACAACUAAAAAUCAGCGAUCAGGCCAGAAACCUGGGAGUAGUGAUGGACUCUGACAUGAACCUUCAGAGCCACAUAAAGACAGUCACAAAGAUGGCCUACUAUAACCUGAAGAACAUUUCCAGGAUUAAAGGACUAAUGUCUCAGCCAGAUCUAGAGAAACUCAUCCAUGCAUUUAUCUUCAGUCGCAUUGAUUAUUGUAACGGCGUCUUCACAGGUCUGUCCAACAAAUCAAUCAAACAGCUGCAGCUGAUCCAGAAUGCUGCUGCUCACGUUCUCACUAAAACCAGGAAGAUAGAGCACAUAACACCAGUUUUAAAGUCUCUCCACUGGCUCCCUGUAGCUCAAAGAAUAGAGUUUAAAAUAUUGUUGUUAGUCUAUAAAUCACUGAAUGGUUUAGCACCACAACACAUUAAAGAUUUGCUGCUGUUGUAUCAACCUUCCAGAACUCUCAGGUUCUGGUUCUGGUCUGCUCUGCAUUCCGAGAACCAGAACCAAACGAGGAGAAGCAGCAUUCAGCAUCUAUGCACCAUAAAUCUGGAACAAACUUCCAGAAAACUGUAAAACAUCUGAAACACUGACUUCCUUUAAAUCUCAACUAAAAACCCAACUGUUUAGAGUUGUAUUCGAAACGUAAUCAAUUGCAAAUUUAUUGACGGAAUCUGACUAUGUUGUGUUUUUAUUGUUGAUUCUAUGUUGCAUUGUGUUUUUGUGUUUGAUUUGAUGUAAAUCACUUUGACAUGCCUUGCUGCUGAAAUGUGCUAUACUAAUUAAAUUUGAUUUGAUUUUGAUUUGAUAAUCCAUUUCUCCUGCUAGCGCUAGGCUAGCACAUUUGUUUUGGUUGUAUUUGCCCAGAAGGCCUUGCACUGUAGUUGACUUCCUGCUUUUUGAGCGGUCUGUGGUCCGAUUGAUGUUCACAAGCCGUUCUGUCUACAGCUACAAUACAUAAUGUAAUGCUGCAUUCACAUAUGGACUAGCGUCGUCUACUGUUAGCUACAGGCUAACUACGGCUAGCGGCAUCUAAUCUUAUCUAACAAAAAAGUAUGUAUUUGCAAGCUUUCUAACGGUUAGUAACCCAGUUACAACUUCACAAGUAUUUAUGUAAAUAUUGUAUUUUUUUUCCUCCAGA